AUGUGGGCAAAUACAAAGAUUAACAACCCUUUGCCGAUGGAAAAAUUGAGUGCAGCUCAGCAGAAUGAUUUCGAGAACGCCACUCAUUGCCACAUAUGUGAAAAGCCGUUUUUGGAAAAUGAGAUUCGUUGUCGCGAUCACUGCCAUCUCAGCUCAAAAUAUCGCGGCCCAGCGCACCAGCAAUGCAAUAUAAACUACCAAGACAGUCACACAAUCCCCGUGGUCUUUCAUAAUCUGAGUGGAUACGAUGCGCACUUCAUUAUCCGCGAACUUGCAACCGCUAUACCUGGCCAAAUAAAACUUUUACCUUUAAACAAAGAGAAGUAUAUUUCGUUUACGAAAUAUGUGGAAAAUACCAGCAUUAACUUUAGAUUUAUCGACUCCUUUAGGUUUAUGAGCAGCAGUAUAGAAAAACUCGCUUCGUACUUAGGAGACGACAAAAAAACUAUAGCGAAAUCGCAAAGUCGCAACGAUGCCGAAUUCAAAUUGCUCAUGCGAAAGGGUGUUUUUCCCUAUGAGUAUGUCGACUCGUGGGAAAAGUUAAAUGAAACCCGAUUACCGCCGAAAAAUGAAUUUUUCAGUUCGUUGCGUAACGACGGCGUGAAUGACGAAGAUUAUGAGCAUGCUUUAAAUCUUUGGAACGUAUUUUCUAUUCAAACUCUCGGUCAAUACUCGGAUUUGUAUUUGAAAACUGACGUGCUUCUUUUGGCAGACGUAUUUGAAAAUUUUCGCGCCACUUGUCUGAAAACCUACAAACUCGAUCCUCUUCAUUAUUACACUGCGCCGGGCCUCGCUUUCGAUGCCAUGCUCAAAAUUACAGAGAUUAAAUUGGAACUAUUAACAGACAUCGAUCAAGUUAUGUUCGUAGAGAAGGGUAUUAGGGGUGGAAUCACUCAAUGUUCCACUAGAUACGCGAAGGCGAACAACAAAUACAUGAAUGACGACUAUCGUCCUGACCUUGAAUCGAUUUAUUUAAUGUAUUUUGAUAUUAACUCCCUUUACGGAGCUACAAUGUGUGAAGCAUUGCCUUAUGGGGAGUUCUCUUUCGUAGACGAUUUUGAAUCGUUAGACAUAUUAAAUCAUCCCGAUGAUGCAGAUAUCGGUUACAUUGUGGACUGUGAUUUUGAUUAUCCGAAGGAAUUACAUGAGUCCCAUAGCGACCUUCCUUUGGCCCCCGAACACAUGUGUCCUCCCGGCUCUAGAAUAAAGAAAUUAAUGCUUACUUUGUUCCCGAAACGCAACUACGUAUUACACUACCGAAAUUUAAAGCUUUACAUUAAACAUGGACUGAAACUUGUUAAAAUUAACCGUGUGUUGCGUUUCAAACAAUCGGCGUGGUUAAAAAAAUAUAUCGAAUUGAAUACACGUAUGAGAAAACAGUCUACAAACGAUUUUGAAAUAAAUUUUUAUAAGCUAAUGGUAAAUAGCGUUUUUGGAAAACUGAUGGAAAAUGUAAGAAAAUAUAAAGAUGUUCGCUUGGUGACAAAGUGGGAAGGUCGCUAUGGCGCUCGUGCGUAUAUUUCCAAGCCAAACUUCCAUAGCUGCACUCUUUUCGAUGAUGACGAUAUCGCGAUAAUAGAAAUGAAUCGGUUGGAGGUAUUUCUUAACAAACCAAUUUAUGCGGGGUUGACGGUUUUAGACGUAUCGAAAACUUUCCUCUACGACUUUCACUACAAUUAUGUAUUACGGGAAUUCGGUGAUCGCGCAAAACUCCUGUACACCGACACUGAUAGUCUUGUAUACUCUUUUGCAGUGCCGGACAUAUAUCAAUCAAUCAAAGAGAACAUUAAUCGAUUCGACACAUCCAGUUAUAACCCAAAUAAUCCCUUUGGUAUACCUCCUGUCAAUAAAAAAGUCCCCGGAUUGAUGAAAGACGAAAACAAUGGAAAAAUAAUGUUAGAGUUCGUGGGUUUAAGGGCAAAAAUGUACGCGUACCGAGUGGACGACAAGGUGUUAAAAAAAUCAAAAGGUUCGACAGCCGCUAGUAUUCGUGAAAUAACUUUACAAGAUUACAAACGUUGCUUGUUUAACGAUGACAUUGUAAAAAGGGAUCAAUAUCUAAUUAGGUCACAGAAGCAUUCUGUGUUCACCAUAAGGCAGAAUAAGGUGGUUCUUAGUCCUCACGAUGAUAAACGUUCUAUCAGUUUAAAUUGUAUCAAUACGCGGCCUUGGGGCUAUAAUUUGGCCUAA